UCUGUGGUUUUCGAGAGCAUUCUCUCUCGGUUUUCGUCACAAAAAGUGAUCAACACCUCUGUCACUCUUUGUGAGUAAUAGCGUUCGAUAGGUAGUUACACCGUGAAACUAGCCUGUCUAUUUCCUACUUCAUAAGCUAAGAACUACUUGUUAGCACAAUCCGAUCGACUACUAAGAACUAGAUCAUGACGGACGUGGAAAUCAAGGCUGAGAAUGGAAGCGGAGAUGCCUCGCUCGAGCCAGAGAACCUUCGAAAGAUUUUCGUUGGAGGACUCACGUCAAACACCACCGAUGACCUGAUGCGAGAGUUCUACUCACAAUUCGGAGAAAUCACUGAUAUCAUCGUCAUGAGAGAUCCAACUACCAAGAGAUCCCGCGGAUUCGGAUUUGUCACCUUCUCUGGCAAAACUGAAGUCGAUGCUGCCAUGAAACAACGCCCGCACAUCAUCGACGGAAAGACCGUGGACCCGAAGCGUGCCGUGCCACGUGAUGAUAAGAACCGCUCCGAGUCGAAUGUCUCCACCAAACGCCUGUACGUCAGCGGAGUUCGUGAGGAUCACACCGAGGACAUGCUCACCGAGUAUUUCACAAAGUAUGGAACCGUCACCAAAUCCGAGAUUAUUCUCGACAAAGCCACCCAAAAGCCAAGAGGCUUCGGAUUCGUCACCUUCGAUGAUCAUGACUCUGUGGAUCAAUGCGUUCUUCAAAAAUCCCAUAUGGUCAACGGACACAGAUGUGACGUGCGCAAAGGACUCUCCAAGGACGAGAUGAGCAAGGCUCAGAUGAACCGCGAUCGUGAAACCCGUGGCGGAAGAUCUCGCGAUGGACAGCGUGGCGGUUACAAUGGCGGUGGUGGUGGCGGCGGCGGCUGGGGAGGACCAGCUCAACGCGGCGGUCCAGGAGCAUAUGGUGGACCAGGAGGUGGCGGCCAAGGAGGAUAUGGCGGAGGUAAUUACGGCGGUGGCUGGGGACAGCAAGGAGGCGGCGGUCAAGGCGGAUGGGGAGGCCCACAACAGCAGCAAGGAGGUGGUGGCUGGGGACAGCAAGGCGGCGGCGGUCAAGGCGGAUGGGGAGGACCACAGCAACAGCAGCAAGGAGGCUGGGGAGGUCCUCAACAAGGAGGCGGCGGCGGUGGCUGGGGAGGCCAAGGCCAGCAGCAAGGCGGCUGGGGAGGUCAAUCCGGUGCUCAGCAGUGGGCUCAUGCUCAAGGAGGAAACAGAAACUAUUAAAUUAAUUCCUUAAGCCCCUCUAAGUGUCCAACGUGUCUGAGCUUCCCGUGCUCUCUCCUCUGUAUCGAUCUUCUCAACCAUUUUUGCUCUGCUAUCUCAUCAAAAUCUUCUGUACUUUUUCUUGUUGCCUUUCUCCAGAAAGUUUCGUUUAUUAUUCAAUUUUUUACCCUGUCUUUUUUAUAUAAUUUAUUUCUAAAUUCGCACAGUUGACAUCCAUUCAACUAGAGAAUGAAUGCAGAGUUUGACACCAAAUUGGCUUAAUUUUCAAGCUGUUUUUAACCAAAAUAAUAAAAAAGUCUCAACUUUACAAAAA